AUGAAUACGGCAAGCGAAGCUAUUAGUUUUUGGACUUUAUUGUGUCAUGAAUUGAACUUACCACCAGACACACCUCGCAAUGAAAUUGUUUCAAAAUAUCUCGGUCACGAAACAACGACAUGGGGAGAUCUAUUGAUUCAACAGAUUCAAGCUCAAGGUCAUGUAAAUCGAAUACUCGUAAUUGGUCAGACUGGUGUUGGAAAAAGUAGUUUAAUAAACUUGCUUGCUGGAGAACAUGUCACCAACGACAGUGAUAGUGCUGUUGGGUGCACGUUCGACCAUGUAACUGUCAGAAUUGUUCAUGAUGGGCAAAUAAUCGAACUUAUUGAUACUGUUGGACUCAAUGAGAAUAGCAAAGGAACAGUAACCGAUGAGCAAGCCAUUGAGAAACUAUUUGAGUUUAUUCGUUCAAAUCAACGUGGAUUCAACUUGUUAUUGUUUGUCAUGAAAAAGGGACGUCUUAAUGAGAUGUUUGAAACAAAUUUCGAGCUAUUUUCCAGUGUCGUAUCGUCAGGAAGAAUUCCUGCCGUACUGUUUAUUUCGCAGUGUGAAAGUGAUGAUCCAAUGAAUAUUUGGCUGAAGGACUAUACGAAUCAACAGAUGAUCAAUCGAUUUCAUUUCGCUGAAGUAGUGUGUGGUACAACGAAAGCUGGUGGGCGAUUCGGAGAAAAACUGCGGCCAUUGCGAGAAGAGACAAAGAAUGCAGUUUGGAAGUCUAUUAUUACGAAAAUGUCAAAAAAACCUAUACAGAUUGGAGAUUCCAGACAACUAAUUGAAAAAAUUAAAGACAUGUGGAGCAAUUUUUGGCGUCCUAAUCCAACAUAUCCUGACGGAUUAAGACGAGCCACAAGAUCAGAAAAUGUUACGACUCCACAUACGAAUGUAAUAUGGUCAUGGAUUUUGAGCAUCUACAAAUUGUUCUUCCCAGAUCCUCAACAGCCUCGAACCCGCGACGUUGCAGACGGUUACGUAGACGUCGAAACAUGGAAAUGA